GCGAGGCUCACCUUCACAGUAUCAACCAAUCACCGUCUUUGUUAUUGUUUUACUCAGAGAAGAACAUAAACUAUGAGAGUAACAACAUCCUUGUUCUCUCCUCCAUCCUCUCUCCUCUAUCCUGGUCAACCUAGGCCUAAUUAAGCCUUACUGGGGUUAUAUAUACGUGUCUCGGGACUCUCAGACAGUUAAAGCUGUGUGCUCAUGAUGCAGAAUGGACGCAGAUGGGCAACAGGGAACCACAAAUGACCAAGUUGGCCAUGCACAGACAGACAAGAUCAACCAUGCUAAUGAAGAUGACAGUAGUCCAUCUUCAUUAAACAACUACUGUUCUCUAGAAAAUACAGAAUUUGAUCUUAGUCCCAUUCAAUUUGAAGAUAAAGAAAAUGUCAGUGAAGAGCUUUAUGUAAGUAUGGCUUGGAAGACUGAACAGCUGAAGGACAAAAGCAAAAAUGAAGCUGCACAGGAAGCAACAGAGGAAGAGGAGGAGGAGGACUUUGAAGCUUUAUCUGAGAUAUCUUUCCUGAAAGAUACUUCGCUUACAUCUUCACCAUCAAGGAAUUUUAAAAGCUCCUAUGCCAAAUCACUGGCUGAUUCUUACAGGAGAGCCAGUUUGCCAGUUAUUGUCUCUGCACCAAAAGGUCAAUUUUAUUUUAAAAAUGAAGAAUUCCUUAGUUUGAAUUCAAGUCAGAUGAGACAGUCAGGUUUUAAUCAUGAUAAGUUUUUGAGUUUCAAUUCAAGUACCAGUAAGACUAUCUUGCCUCAAGGCUCAGAACCCAUUUCUCUUCCAACCAUAUUGGACAUUGCACGAGAGCCACAGGAACAACAGUCAGAAAUAGUAAGGUCCAGCCUGAAUGAUGCUCCAGCAGACAUAUACCACCAGCUGUUGGUGGAUGGGGAAAUAUUCAUACCAAUUGAACGGCUUCAUAGUGCAUGUGAAGAAAAUGGUGGAAGCUUCUCUCUUCGGGAUUGGCACAAUUUUGGCUCAAUUAUCACGAGUGAUGGCAGAAAACUUGUGAAGCUCUCUGAUUUGAAAACUAAGUGGAGUAAACAGAAGCUGGCUGCAUUGCCUUUGAAUGGCCAUUCAACCCAAAAAUGGCCUGAUAAAGAUACUAUUAAACUUCAAUUUUUGAAGGUGGAAAGUUUGCGGUUGGAGCGAGAACAGUCUGAGGGGCGUAUCGAGCAGCUUUGUGAAGUUCUGGCUGACCGGGAUGCUACCAUACAGCGCUUGGAGGAGGACUUGCUUCGUAUUAGAAUGGUUAGCACAACAACAGCAGCUGGGUCAUCUAAGUUCAUACAAGAUGAUGGGGAUCCACCUUAUAGGCUGGCAAACGAAAAAACUCCAUCUCCAGACUUAAUACCAAGUUCAUCUUCUCACAGCUUUGGACCAGUGAGAAGAAACUCUGAUGCUGUUAGAAAAGCAGGAAGUGUAUGGGCACUUCCAACUCAGUCAGGAAAUCCUCGAAGAGUGAGCCGUGCUCUCAGUACCUACUGUGUAGCAUCUACUGCCUCUGGAACCAGCCAUAGUAAUGCAGUAUCUUCAGCAAGCCACGAUAGAGGACGGGCACUCACCUCAGAAUUUUUGGCAACCCGUGCUAAGGAACUUAUUGCCUCCCUCAAGUCGCUUAUGAGAAGUGAUAGUGUCUUGAAGCUCAACCUGGAACCAAAGAAGUCAGACUCAUCUGUAAACAGAGAUGGUAGCACCAGCAGGAGUAUGAAGAGUGAAGGAGGGUGUGUUGCCUCUGUAUCAGAUACAGAUCACAAUACUAAGACAGUGUCUUAUCAUGCUGCUGCUGCUGCUGACCCCCAGACCAGUUGCCAGGAAAAAGCCUACCCAGAUGUUGACAGUAGUCCAAUUGACAGAGACCAAAAUAUUUUAUCAAGCAAAAGUGAUGCUAGUCCAGAAGUAAGCCAAAAUUUAAUUAGCACAAAUGCUACCACAGUGGCUCCAAGAAUAACUAACAGCACAGCCAGGGAAGAUAUAUUACAAACACAGUCUUCCAUGAGGAUGAAUGGUAACCCACAGCCACUGAGCUUAAUGGUGGUGGGUGAGUCUUCUUCAACUCAUGAUGAUCAACACUUCUCUUCCCUCCCAAACGGAGCCGUGUAUCAGGAACUCUCAACGACUCUGACCACCUUUCUCGUCUGGGUUUAAAUCUUAUUAUCUGCAAAUGACAGUUUUAUUGCUAGCACAUAUGCUUACAGUAUAUAAGACUAUGCAUUGAGCUUUCACCAUACUCUAGUAAAGAUGCUUUAUUUUAAGGAUGCAGCUUUUUGCUGAGGUAUUCAGUAAUUAAAGUGUUUUUAAUAUUUUAUAUAUGAAUAAUUCCCUUCACCAUUCAUGAUCACACAUGUUCAGUAGUGAGUGCACAUAUACUUAAAACACAUUCUGAACUUAUACUGUUGUGUUAGUUGAUAUAAGACCUUUCAAGUUUUAGUUUAGUUGUUUAUUUUUCAUAUUUCUUGUAUAGAAAAGUUAAUUAGUUAUCAUAAGAGGCUGACGCAUUUGAUAAGAAAAUGAAGGAUAUACCAUAGAAGAGUAGUAAGAUAUCCUUUAUAAUAUAACAGACGCACAACUUCUGCCAUUUAUGUAUGCUGGUCAGGUAUGCUGCAGUGUUACAUUACAUCAGAGAUGGUUGUUUCAUAUAUAUGUAUUAGUCUUUUAGGUAAGACACUUUAAAAUUAUCAUUUUAAAUUUGAAAGGUGCACAUGUGUCUGGUGAAUUGCGCAACCUGGACUGUCUACUUGGAAUGGUCAUGGCUUCAGUUUUACAGUGAACUCAAGUAGGAAAAAGUCUGAUGUAACUUUUUGUUGUACACAGUAGUUUUAACUUAAGUGCCAGAACAGCUUAUAGGUUUAUCCUAGAAGUUGACAGUGUGAAUAUUAUUGCCAGGAAAUUUAGUUUUAUUUUUUUUGUUAAUGGGAUUGUAAAUUUUAGUUAUUUUAAAGAAAACUUAUUUUUGUAUUGAAAUUCUGUAUGUAUUAUUAUAAUCAUGGGAAUGCACCAAAUUUAAAAGAGUAUCUUCAAAACUACAGAAUUUGUACUAAGCUGUUAUAAUGGUUCUCCAUGGGGAAGUGGAACAGAAUUCUUCCUCCGUAAGCCAUGCAUGUUGUAAGAGGCGACUAAAAUGCCGGGAGCAAGGGGCUAGUAACCCCUCCUCCCAUAUAAAUUACUAAAUUUAAAAGAGAAACUUUCGUUUUUCUUUUUGGGCCACCCUGCCUUGGUGGGAUAUGGCCGGUGUGUUGAAAGAAAGAAGUUAUAAUGGUCAUUCUUCUGCCAAAAAGAGGAAAUGUGGCCUUGUGGCCACCAAUACCCAAGUCUCAUAUAUUAAAUAUAUGUAAUUAGAAAUAUCAUAAGUCUGUGUAUACCGUAAGUUAAUAAUGAGCUGGUUAAAUAAGCAAAUCAAUAAAAUAUAUAUUUCAUUUUAAUGUAUAAAAUUUCUUGAGGAACUGAGCAGAUGCAGUAACAAUAUAAUAUUGAAGUUAGUGUCAGUUCUUUCCUUGUUAUACUCAUCUGUACCAGUUCCUCUCUCUACACCAAAGAUCUUUCCCUUGUUUGGCAUCUGGUGCAGCUUUUACCUCUUCUUAUUAUAUUGUAUUCACACAAAUGUGCUAAACCCAUGUGGGUCAUUCAGUGUUGUUUUCAGCUGUCAAGUCUUACUCAGCUUUUAUUAAAAUUUAGAAAUAGCCAUAAUUUUAAUGAUUACUUCCAAAUUGUAAGUAGAGGUGCUAUGUAUCAGUCAAGCAGUGAUUACUGUUACAUUAUGUACAAAUUCAUAAUGUUUUCGUAACCUGCAGCUACACACAUCUUUAGGAGUAAUAAGUCUUAGAGAUUAAGAAUCAUCCAUGUUGCUUUAGUUUAUGAAUUCUUGAUAUUUAAAAAAAAAAAUUAACAUGCAGUAAACAACAUGAUAUCUGAACACUUACAUAAAUCCAAAUGCAGAAGUUCCAAGUCUCUUUGUGCCCCCUUAGCAACCUAUCCUCCAACCAACUAUGUCACUUAUUUACAUACGGUUUAUAGCACGUUUCUAUGUUGGGUUGAGUUAGAACUACAGUGGUACCUCGGGAUACAAACAGCUCAAAACUCGAACAAUUAUGUAAGUGUAUUUAUGUAAGUGCUUUUGUAAGUGUAUUUUUUUGGGUCUGAAAUGGAUUAAUGUAAUUUACAUUAUUCCUUAUGGGAACAAAUUCGUUCAGUAUCGGCACUCGAACAGCCUUCUGGAAUGAAUUAAGUUCAUAUCCCAAGGUACACUGUAUAAAUAUAUGUCAAAACACAAUUAAAAGUAUUUAACGCAAACAAAAAAACUGGCACCUACUGAGCGCAGCCGCAAUAAAAUCAUAUUUCAGCUAUUCAAGGUGUUGCCGACAGUCACCCAUUUGACCAUUUUUAUGACAGUGCCAUGAUGUCUGCUUAAGAAGAUGGAUUGCCCUCAAGCAUGGAAGGCAGGGUCCAGACCCCUGGUCUGAGAAUUGCUUUCAAGGUCCAAGAAUUAAAAAAAAAAAAAAAAAUUCUCAUGAAAUGAUAGAAAAAUUUUUUCUAAAGGUAAUGAAACCAAGAGUAUGAAAUUUGAUGGAAAACUUAUGGAGUUACGCUCUUGCAAAAUUAGCGGUCUCAACAAUAUUUAUGGAUUGGUGAUUUUGCCCAUUCAGAGUCCUAUUUUAGGCAAAUUUCAUUGUUCCAGUCAACCAAACUCAUAGCUGCUUUGCUAGUAUUCCUUCCAUUCUGUUGAUUGAGUACAAGUGACCACCCAUUUAUCUACUUCAACUACCCAAUAUAGUUAUCAGGAAUCAGUAAUUUGACCAGUUUCAAACAAAAAAAUUGCCAAUUUAAAACUAGGGUCCAGAAUAAACAAUAUUGACAUUCCUGGCACUAAAACAUUUCUUCUGUUCACUAGUUAUGUCCCCAGGCCUAUCCUAUAUUACACUUGCUUUCCAUUUUGAAUUUUGAUUCACACAAAAAAAUAGAUGAUGUACUGAAUUAUUGUAGUAAUUGUAUAAAUUGUGUGAGCACACUUGUGAAUGCAUAUUACAGUAGUAGUAAUCUAUCUAAAUAAUGCAAAACUACAAGAGAUGCUACACCUAAUUUGAGUUUUGUUUAUACUACAUCUGUCAUUUUUCACUGAGGUUGUGCGACUCAAAUAAUGCCUUUUCUUUGCCUUUGAUAUACCUUUGAUGAGUUUCAGCAGUUUUCCUAUUUCCACAGCCUGGCCAUGAGCCAGGCUUGUGUGGUUCUUGCAUGGUCAACCAGGCUGUUGCUGCUGGUGGCCUGACCUACACCCAUCACAGCCUGCUUGAUAUGGCACUUACCAACUUGUCAUGUAUCAGUCAUUCAUUAGCUUUUUCAUUAGCAGUGUAUAUACAUGACAAUUUAUAUAACCCACCAAACCAACAUCCCCAUCCAUGUAACUAAAAUGUUAUAUUUAUGGGAAAUAUUAUUAUUAUUAUUAUUAUUAUUAUUAUUAUUAUUAUUAUUAUUAUCAAAAAGAAGAAUGGGAAAUGUUGGUACACCCUGUACAAGUAAAUUUUCUGUAUCUCUGAAGUCCUUUAUUAAAAAUAAAAGCUUCAGGUCUCAGGGUUUUCAGAUACUAUGUUGUUUACUGUACUAAGCUUUAAAUUGGUUUAUCUUCAGGGUAAUGUAGUGCAGGUACAUGAUAAAGAUUUACUUUAAUUUGAUGUAAGCAUCGAAAACCUGUGUGCACUAACAUUUUAAUUUAGUUAAUUUAGAUGUAUUGGUAUGUUUAUGAAAAUACAAAACCAUUAAACAGUGAUUGUAUGUAUACAGUAUUCACUUAGCCUAGUACCGAAGAUGUUAUUGGUAAUUUAGGCAUAUUAUCUACCCAUUAGUUUUUAACAGAUGGUAGAUGUAUACAUGUUGUCCUCCACACUAGAAAUUUAUAUUGUCAUACCUAAACAAAAUUAGCACAUUAAUUCUUUUUGUAUCUUAUUCUUUUCAUGUGCAAAGAAAGUGUUAAGUUUGCAGUGAGUUUGAAAUAUAUUUUGUCACGCAAGUGUACAUUUAUUAGUAGUACAUAGUUGACUGAAUGUUUGGUAUGAUAUAAAUUACUUGUAUUUAAUCUGCUAGGGUGGUGUGAAUGUUUGUGUAAACAUUCUCAAAAUUAUCAUCAGGCAUUUUAGUAGCUGGCCAUAAUUAUGUCUCGUGUUAAAGGAUCAACAAGACUGCUUAAUACAUUUGCUACAUUGGUACUUUGUUUAACUUAGUGCGAGUAGUGUAGAGUUGUGUUCAUGGAGUUUGUAUAUUACAGCAGCUGCUUCAAAUUUUUUAGGACUGUGUACAUUUUAACAGUUUUAAUAUUCUUUAGCAAGAUAUACUCCACAGUGAUUGGCUUCAGAGCAUCAGCAUUUCUAGUCUGUAAGAAUCUUAAUAUUUAAGACACUGCAACUCCUGAAAAAAAAACAAAAGUUCUUACAUGGUAAUAAGUAGCACAAGAGAAUCUCAUAGUUGACUAUUACUUUAGUUACAAAGAAUUUGUCAAAUCUACAAAUCUAUAUUCUUAACAUGUGGUUAAGAAUGUAGAGUUGCAAAAAGUGGGUGAUAAAAGAGAUUGAGUAAAAUAUAGAUGAAAUAUGAGAAGUAUGAGCAGUGUGUGCAUACACACGCACCCGCACGUGCACACACACACACAUGCGCGCGCACACACACACACACGUACGUACAUAUGUAUGAACUCACCUAAUUGUGGUUGCAAGGGUCAAUUCAUAGCCCCUGGACCCACCUCUUCACUGAUCACUACUAAGUUCACUCUCACCCUGCCCCAUGAGCUUUUAUCAUACUUCUUGAAGCUGUGUAUAGAUCCUGCCUUCACUACAUCACUCUCCAGAUUGUUCCACUUCCUGACAACUCUAUGACUGCAGAAGUACUUCCUAACAUCCCUAUGACUCAUCUGAGUUUUCAACUUCCAGUUGUGACCCCUUGUUGCUGUGUUACAUUUCUGAAACAUUCUGUCCCUGUCCACUUUAUCAGUUCCUCUCAGUAUGUUAUAUAUCAUUAUCAUGUUCCUCUUAUUCCUCAUGUCCUCCAGUGUUGUCAGGUUGAGUUCCCUUAGCCUCUCCUCAUAGGAUAAAUCCCCUUCAGCUCUGGGACUAGUCUUGUUGCAAACCUUUGCACUUUCUCUAAUGUUUUCCUCUGCUUAACCAGGUGUGGGUUCCAUACUGAUGCCACAUGCUUCAGUAUGGGCCUUAUUCACGACACUGUACACCGUGUACAUAACUCCUUACUUAGAUGUCGAAAUGUUAUUCUCAGGUUUGCCAGGCACCUGUAUGCUGCAGCAGUUAUUUAGUUGAUGUGCACCUCAGUAGAUGUGCUCAGUAUGCUGCUUACCCCCAUGAUCCUUUUCUUUGAGUGAGUUUUGCAGCCUCUUACCAGGCUGUACUCUGUCUGCAGUCUUUUUUGUCCUUCCUUUGCACUUGAUGAGGUUAAACUCCAGGAGCCAUUUGUCGGACCAGGCUUGCAGCCUGUCCAGAUCCCUUUGUAGACUUACCUGAUCCUCGUCCACUUGUAUUCUCCUCGUGAGAUAUCUAAAGAGUUGAGUUUAACUCCACUUCUAAUUUUUGUUCUAAGUGACAAGUAAAAACUUUUACUAUUACAUUGUAGAAAUGUUUCUUAAUGUGUUUAUGGUCAAUCUGAGUGUACAGCUUCCAUGUACCUUCCCUAAUAAUGUUUUUUUUUUUUUUUCAACAAGUCGGCCGUCUCCCACCCUUCCAUAUUAGUGUUAUAUUUAUAGAGAAGUGCUAAAUUCAUAUGGGUGCCUAAAAAACAGGUGGCAGUCAGAUUGUCAAAAAGGAAGGUAGCCCCAGUUCAUUGAUCAGGAACUCUUUGCUAGCAUAUCUUGUGUUAACCUGUUCUUAUGUACCUGUCUGGGCCCCAGAGUAUUUUGGAUGUCAUGAUCAUAGUUCCUUUUGAUCUAUGCUCUUCCAGUGAUGAGAUCUACCAGUUGGUUCCUGCAUUCUUGCUUCACAGUUCUAGUGUUAGGAAACAUCUCUCUCAGCUAUCAUGUGUAUGACCUUGUAGGUUUAGUGCUUCCUAAGUGAUAUAAUAAUUAUCUUUAGCUUUGGUUUUUUUUUGUUGGUGGCUCAGUGAUGAAUAUUGAUUAGAAGGAGUCUUUUUUUCAGGUUUCUGAAGGCCUCAAGGCCAGUUUUAUGACUCAAAAAAAAAAUAAAACAUCAACAUUAUCAUCAUUAUCAUUUGGUAAUGUUGCAUGUGCUGUCAUUUUGUUCACGUUUCACAUAAUAUGUUUGGCAUGUUGUCCACUCCAGAUUAUGGAGUUUGUUUGAUUCUAAAGAGUAUCUCUCUUCCCUUGCAGGUGAUACACUGUCACUUAGCUCCUUCCUUGACACCCAGUUUUAUUACUGUGCACUCUUUCAUGUAUUUUGUAAUUUCCAGUACUCUAUAUAUUGUAUUUUAUUAUUACACAUCAGCCAUUUCCCAAGGUAGGGGGGCUGAAAAAGAAAAACUUCCACCAUCAUUCACUCCACUGUCGUGCCAGAGGCAUGCUUACACUACAGUUUUAAAAUUGCAACAUUAACACCUCUCCUUCAGAGUGCAGGCACUGCACUUCCCAUCUCCAGGAUUCAAGUCUGGCCUGCCAGUUUCCCUGAAUCCCUUCAUAAAUGUUACCUUGCUCACACUCCAACAGCACGUCAAGUCCUAAAAACCAUUUGUCUCCAUUCACUCCUAUCUAACACACUCACGCAUGCUUGCUGGAAGUCCAAGCCCCUCGCACACAAAACCACCUUUACCCCCUCCCUCCAACCUUUCCUAGGCCGACCUCUACACCGCCUUCCCUCCACUACAGAUUUAUACACUCAGAGUCAUUCUAUUUUGUUCCAUCCUCUCUACAUGUCUGAACCACCAGUACUCUACUCAACUUUAUUUACAUAUUUAUUUAUUAACACAUCGGCCGAGUUGCACCAAGGCAGGGUGGCUCA